AGCACACAAAGGAUUGUUUUAAACCAUGAAGCGCAGUAAGCACCGUGGACAGAAGGAGGACAGAAAUGGAGAUGAACCAGCCAUUUUGGAGACAGAGAAUCUGGAUCGCCAAGGCAUGUUCAUGGGUGGAGGCCCAGAUCCCGAUACCAUAUCUCUGGCCUCAGUUACAGCUGUUACUACCAAUGUAUCCAAUAAAAGAUCAAAGCCAGACAUCAAGAUGGAACCCAGCUCUGGAAGACCAGUAGAUUACCAAGUUAGUGUGACUGUGAUUGAAGCCAGACAGCUGGUGGGACUGAACAUGGAUCCAAUGGUCUGCGUGGAGAUCGGAGAAGAUAAAAAGUAUACCUCAAUGAAGGAGUCAACCAACUGCCCUUACUACAAUGAAUAUUUUGUAUUCGACUUCCACGUCCCUCCAGAUGUUAUGUUUGACAAAAUCUUGAAACUGUCUGUUAUCCACUCAAAAAAUCUCCUGCGUAGUGGAACGCUGGUUGGAACUUUUAAACUGGACGUGGGCACAAUCUACUCCCAGCCAGAUCACCAGUUUUACCACAAAUGGGCUCUGUUGUCCGAUCCUGAUGACAUCACAGCUGGGGGUAAAGGUUAUGUUAAAUGUGAUGUUGCAGUUGUGGCUAAAGGGGACACAAUAAAAACUCCACACAAGGCCAAUGAAUCUGAUGAAGAUGACAUAGAGGGCAAUCUGUUGCUACCAGAGGGCGUGCCUGCAGAGCGACAGUGGGCUCGUUAUUACCUGAAGAUUUACAGAGCAGAGGGGCUCCCCAGAAUGAACACCAGCAUCAUGGCUAAUGUCAAAAAGGCCUUCAUAGGGGAAAAUAAGGACCUGGUUGAUCCUUAUGUACAAGUCCAAUUUGCUGGGCAGAAAGGGAAAACAUCAGUUCAAAAGAGCUGCUACGAGCCCAUCUGGAACGAGCAGAUUGUUUUCACUGAGAUGUUUCCACCACUAUGCAAACGCAUGAAGAUCCAGAUUCGUGACUCAGAUAAAGUGAAUGAUGUAGCAAUAGGAACACACUUCUUGGAUCUCAAGAAGAUUUCCAAUGAUGGGGACAAAGGCUUCCUUCCCACGCUGGGACCAGCCUGGGUGAACAUGUAUGGCUCCACUCGUACCUACACCCUAAUGGAUGAGUACCAAGAGCUGAACGAAGGGCUUGGAGAAGGGGUGUCAUUCAGAGCCCGUCUGCUCAUCAGCCUGGGUGUAGAGAUCCUGGACACCUCCUCACCUGAGAUUACCAGCUCCACAGAGGUGCAGCUGGAGGGAGUGCCCAACAUCUCAGAGAGUGCUACUGGGAAGGUUGAGGAAUUUUUCCUCUUUGGCUCUUUCCUGGAGGCCACGAUGAUUGACAGAAAAAUUGGCGAUAAGCCGAUGAACUUUGAGGUCACCAUAGGUUACUAUGGAAAUGAAAUUGAUGGGGUCAUCCAACCAAAAACAAAGGGUAAGAAGGGUGGAGGCGAUGGUGACGAAGAGGAAACAGAUCUGAUCCACAACUCCAGUGAGGAGGAGAUGGAUGACGAUGGAGAUCUGACUUCAGUGGCCACUACUCCGCCCAUGAAACCUGUCAUCACCGACCGAAACUACUUCCACCUUCCUUAUUUUGAGAGGAAGCCGUGUUUUUACAUCAAGAGCUGGUGGCAGGAUCAGAGAAGGAGGCUGUACAACGCCAACGUUAUUGACAACAUUGCUGAUAAACUGGAGGAUGGGCUCAAUGACGUGCAUGAGAUCAUCAAAACAGAGAAGGCCUACCCUGAACGCAGGCUUAGAGGUGUUCUUGAGGAACUCAGCCAAGGAUGCAGUCAGUUCCUUUCACUGGCAAACAAGGACCAGAAUCAGUCUGGCAGAACCAAACUUGACAGGGAGAGACUGAAGCUGUGUUUGGGAGAAGUGGAGAACAUAGGUCAACAAGCCAAGGCCAUGAGGUCGCAGGUGAAGAAAAGCACAGUGAGGGACAAACUCAAGCUGUCUCAGAACUUCCUCUCAAAGCUGCGUUUUCUGGCUGAUGAGCCUCAGCACAGCGUUCCUGAUAUUUUCAUAUGGAUGAUAAGUAAUGGGAAGCGUAUUGCUUAUGCACGUGUUCCUUCCAAAGACAUCCUCUUCUCCAGUAUGGAUGAGGAGAGGGGAAAGGACUGUGGCAAAGUAAAAACAAUCUUCCUUAGGAUUCCUGGUAAGAAAGGUUUUGGGCCUGCUGGCUGGACGGUCCAGUCCAAGAUAGAGAUCUACCUGUGGCUGGGUCUGAACAGGCAGCGCAAAGACUACCUGAGCGGCCUACCCAAUGGGUUUGAGGAAAACAAGUUGUCCAAAGGACCUGGCCUGCCAUCUUCACCUCCCAUCAGCCUCACCUACAUGAUGAAACAGAUCUUCCAGCUCAGGGUCCACAUGUACCAGGCUCGCAGCCUGUUUGCUGCAGACAGCACAGGUCUGUCUGAUCCCUUUGCAAGAGUCUUCUUCUCAACGCAAAGCCAAGUCACUGAGGUGCUGGCUGAGACCCUCUGUCCUACAUGGGACCAGCUGCUAGUAUUUGAGAAUGUGGAGUUGUUUGGAGAGGCCAGCGAACUGAGAGAUGACCCUCCUAUUAUAGUGAUUGAACUCUAUGAUCAAGACACAGUGGGUAAAGCUGACUUCAUGGGGAGAACCUUUGCUAAGCCUGUGGUCAAGAUGGCGGAUGAGCACUACGGUCCCCCACGCUUUCCUCCACAGCUGGAGUACUAUCAGAUCUACCGUGGGAACUGUGCAGCUGGAGAAAUGCUGGCUGCCUUUGAGCUGCUGCAGAUCGGCCCCAAUGGAAAAGCUGACCUUCCUCCCAUAGAUGGUCCUACAGAUAUGGACCGUGGCCCAAUACUGCCGGUACCACUGGGGAUCAGGCCAGUGCUGAGCAAGUACAGGAUUGAGGUUUUGUUUUGGGGACUGAGGGACUUGAAGAGGGUGAAUCUCGCCCAGGUGGAUCGGCCUCGUGUAGACAUUGAAUGUGCAGGAAAGGGAGUUCAGUCUGCCCUCAUUCCCAACUACAAGAAAAACCCCAACUUCAGCACUCUGGUCAAGUGGUUUGAAGUGGACUUACCCGAGAACGAGUUGCUCCACCCGCCACUGAACAUUAGAGUUGUGGACUGCAGAGCGUUCGGCCGCUACACAUUGGUUGGCUCUACUGCAGUCACCACCCUGCGGAAGUUUAUCUACAGAGGACAAGACAAGCAGGCCAACAACUGGUCUACCACUGAGGAAAUAAUUGUUGUCAACAUGGAACCUGAACCUGCUUAUAAGAAGAUGGAAACUGUGGUCAAACUUGACUCUUGCUCUGAAGCAGUGGUCAAAGUUGAGGUAAGGAAAGACGGAAAGGGGAAAAGGAAAAAGAGGAAGAAGGGUGAUGAGCCUGAAGAGGAGGAGCUUGAUGAGAGUAUGCUGGACUGGUGGUCCAAAUAUUUUGCCUCCAUUGAAACUCUGACUGAGAUACUCAAAGCUCAAGAGGCAGCUCUCUCAGACUCAGAGGAGAAAGAUGACAUGGACAUCGCAGAUGGCAGAGGCACCAAGAAAGGAAAAGGAAAGAAGAAGAAGCAGUCAGUCGAUCCGUUCGAGAAGAAAAAGCCAAAGCUGGAUGAGCUGAAGGUGUAUCCAAAAGAACUGGAGAGCGAUUUUGACAACUUCGAAGACUGGCUGCACACAUUUUUUCUGUUCAGAGGAAAGGGUGGUGAUGAUGAUGACCAAAAUGUAACAGAUGAGGACAGGGUUGUUGGAAAGUUUAAAGGCUCUCUGUGUAUGUACAAAGUGACAGAUGAUAUGUCCAGAGACAUGAGCUUUGACUCCAACAUGGGAAUGUUUCAGAACAUUCCUCACAAUGAUCCCAUCAAUGUACUUGUUCGCAUCUAUGUCAUCAGGGCUACUGAUUUGCAUCCUGCAGACAUAAACGGCAAAGCUGACCCUUACAUUGCAAUCAAACUAGGAAAAACAGAGAUCAAAGACAAGGAGAACUACAUUUCAAAACAGCUCAACCCUUUGUUUGGCAAAUCUUUUGAUGUGGAGGCCACAUUUCCAAUGGAUUCCACACUAACAGUGUCAAUUUAUGACUGGGAUCUGGUGGGAACUGAUGAUCUGAUUGGAGAAACCAAGCUUGACCUGGAGAACCGCUUCUACAGCAAACACAGAGCCACAUGUGGCAUUGGGUCUAACUACGCCAUCCAUGGUUACAAUGUGUGGCGAGACCCGAUGAAGCCCACACAAAUCCUAGCGAAGCUGUGUAAGGAUGGCAAACUGGAUGGGCCACACUACGGCCCUGGAGGAAGAGUUAAGGUGGAGAACCGUGUCUUUAUGGGACCAACUGAGAUUGAGGAUGAAAAUGGUUUAAAGAAGAAGACAGAAGAACACCUUGCUCUGAGUGUCCUGACACACUGGGAGGAAAUUCCAAAAGGUGGAUGCAAACUUGUCCCAGAGCAUGUGGAGACCAGACCACUACUCCACCCAGAUAAACCAGGAAUUGAGCAGGGAAGAAUUGAGAUGUGGGUGGAUCUGUUCCCCAAAGACAUGACUGCACCCGGUCCUGCACUUGAUAUUGCACCAAGGAAACCAAAGAAGUUUGAGCUGAGGGUAAUCGUUUGGAACACAGAUGAAGUUGUUCUGGAGGAUGACGAUAUCUUCACUGGCGAGAAGUCUAGUGACAUAUUUGUGCGAGGUUGGUUGAAAGGGCAGCAGGAGGACAAACAAGACACUGAUGUCCACUAUCACUCCAUCACUGGAGAAGGCAACUUCAACUGGCGCUUCGUCUAUCCUUUCGACUACCUCAUGGCUGAGGAGAAGAUCGUCAUCUCAAAAAAAGAGUCCAUGUUUGCCUGGGAUGAGACCGAGUACAAGAUUCCUGCUCGGCUGAAUCUGCAAGUGUGGGAUGCUGAUCACUUCUCAGCAGAUGAUUUCCUGGGUGCAAUCGAACUGGACCUGAACCGUUUCCCACGUGGUGCAAAGACUGCUAAGCAAUGCACCAUCGAAAUGGUUACAAAUGAAGCAGAGAUGCCCAUGGUUUCUAUCUUCAAACAGAAGAGGGUCAAAGGCUGGUGGCCUUUUGUGGCUAGAAAUGAGGAAGAUGAAUUUGAGCUCACGGGUAAAGUGGAGGCUGAGCUGCACCUUCUGACAGGGGAGGAGGCUGAGAAAAGCCCAGUUGGUGAGGGACGUAAUGAACCAGAUCCGCUGGAGAAACCCAACCGCCCAGACAACAGCCUUCUGUGGUUCCUCACUCCCUUCAAAGCCAUAAAACACUUGGUCUGCAACCAGUACAAGUGGCUGGUCAUCAAGAUUGUCACUGCUCUCCUGCUGCUGGCUAUGCUGGCUCUUUUCCUCUACAGCAUGCCUGGUUACAUGGUCAAGAAAAUGCUGGGAGCUUGAGAUGGUGCUCAGACACGU